GUAACCAACAGUGCCCCCCGCACUGCAACCUUGACCAUGUUCGCCAGCAACAUCGCUCGGCGGGCUUGUGGGACCAGUCGUUCAUUCCGACACUGUCGAUUCAGCCAUAGCCAGCCAACUUCACCUCAAAAUCGGGAGACUAGCCAGACCACCCACUUUGGCUUCAAAACUGUGCCGGAGCAGCAGAAGGAAUCCCUCGUCAAGAAUGUGUUCGACUCUGUCGCGUCCUCGUAUGACCUCAUGAACGAUGCCAUGUCGCUCGGGAUACACAGGCUAUGGAAAGACGAGUUCGUGGGGUUACUGAAGCCGGGUGCCAAGGGACCACAGAGGUGCAUAGACGUUGCGGGUGGCACGGGUGACAUCGCGUUGCGCAUGCUGGACCAUGCCAGGGAACGGUACGCAGACAGGGAAACAACCGUAGACGUCGUGGACAUCAACGGGGAGAUGCUCAAGGAAGGCUACAAGAGGUUCAAAAAGACCAUGUAUCACAACACUCCCCAAAUUGCUUUCCAGGAGGCCAACGCGCAGGCAUUAUCUCCUGAACGGUUCCCUGACAACACUUACGAUCGGUAUACCAUCGCUUUCGGCAUCCGAAACUGCACAUCUGUCCCUGACGUGCUAAAAGAGGCGUACCGAGUUCUCAAGCCGGGCGGAACAUUUGCGUGCCUAGAAUUCAGCAGAGUGAACAACCCGCUGCUCAGCACCGCAUACGACCAGUACUCCUUCUCCAUCAUCCCUCUGCUAGGCACUAUCCUCGCAGGCGAUCGCGCGUCCUAUCAAUACCUAGUCGAGUCCAUCCGAAAGUUCCCUCCGCAGCCAGAGUUUGCGCAGAUGAUCGCCGACGCUGGAUUCGCCACUGGAGGCAUGUUCGAGGGCAAGGGUGGCGCGUGGCGGGACCUCACCUUCGGCGUUGCCGCGAUCCACACCGGUGUCAAAGUCUGAUUGUAGACAGUUCUGAAUUUAUGGCGGUUCUCUGCGCAACAUUGUGGACAACCCUUGUCGCUUAGCAAUUGCUUGACGAUGUAAGACAUUGGCAAUGCGAACGGAGGGGAAGUGACUGUAA